AUGGGCUAGCUUGCUCGAUAGGUGCCCUCUCUCAAUCCAGCCACAGCAGCCAUUCACCCGUCGUCGCCGCACGUGGUCGGUGGCGCAGCUGGAACCGCUCCCAAUAUUGCAGCAGGAUUCUGCUGCAAGUUGCAACGGGGCAGGGGCGGGCCUCUGGCGGCCCUCCUUGAGAUCUGUUUAAGACACCGAGGCAGACAUCCAAGGCUUUGCGGAGGCGUCGCGGCCCCCCCCCCAAAAUCAGGGUCACCAGCCUCCCCCGCGCUGAAGUAGACAGACUGCUGCUCCCACCUCAGCUACAAGUGCACGCGAGCCCUUUCCGUUCUAUUCAUCUGCUUGGCUUGGUGCAAGUCUACGCUCGGAACAUCCUGGAACCAUGGAUUCGCAAGCAUCCUAGGAAAGAUGCCUCUGACAUAUCAGAUGAAAUUGCUUGGGCCGACAUCCCAGAGCCGAACAUCACUUUUAAACUCUAAUAUUACCGAUGGAUCCCGUCACGGCUUUCGGGGUCGUGGCGGGGAUCGUGCAGCUGGGGUCAUUCGUGGCAGACCUCGCAGGCAACCUGCGCCGUUCGAGACACCAAGGAGGACAGCUGAUCAGGCUCCGGGACAUACUCCAGGAGCUCUCCCAGCUGAGGCUCCAGAUCGCGAAGGACGACCCGGACGUCGAGAGGGUGGUGCGGCUGGUGGGGAAGUGCAGGGCCCUGCUCGAGGAGCACGACCCGAAGCUGAGGGGCUCGCGCGGGCUGACGUUCGCGUGGCCGGCCAGCCUCGAGAACGAGAUCCGGAUCAUCAACGAGGACCUCACGCGCAUGUACACGAGGCUGCUGCUACACCGCGUCGACCUCCCGCCGACGCCCAGCUCCCUCGGCAGCCAGCAGGGCCAGCCGUCGCGGACACCUUCCCUCCCGCCCUACGCGCUGCUGCCCGAGCCGGCACUGACGACCCCAGCUCUCAGCCGCAGGGGAUCGCUGGAGUUCAUCGACCUCCCGGCCACGCUCGCCCUCGGCGAGGACGGGCCCAGACUGACCCUGCAACACGUCAACAUCCUGGAGAGGGACAGCUCGUCGCGCAUCCUGCAGUACGAGAGCGGCGACAGACAGGUCGUCGUGACGCACCGCAUCCCCUUCGGCACCAAGCCCAACGCCGACGGCGACGUGCGCGCGCGCCGCGUCAACUUCCUCGCGCAGCACGAGGUGACGGUCGAGGACCGCGACGGCUUCCGCGUCUACUGCGUCGACCCGACCUACGUCUUCGGCAGCUCCGCCAACUGCGCCAGCUUCAUCUCCAAGGUCCGCGAGCGCGAGCUCGUCGCCACCUUCCUGCCGCGGGAGGUCCGCCGCGGCGCCGAGACCCGCGCCAGGGCCAAGGUGCUCCGCGUCUGGAGGAAGCUGGGCCAGGGUGUCUUGGGCGCCGGCGCUGCUGCUGCUCCUACUAGAUCCCUGGUAACGCUGGGGUUCCAUGACCGAGUCGAGGGCCGCCAGACCGAGGUGGACGUGAGGCUGUAUGACCACGCCGUGGUGGUGCAGACCAGAGACAGGAAGGUGCUUGAUAUCUGGAGGACGGAUGGGUCUAGCAAGCUGUCUCUGACUUUCGAAAACGCGAAGGAUGCGAAGAGCUUCCAAGAUGUCUAUGAAGACGUCCACCCGGACAAGCCUUCCGCUUCGCCAGCUUAUCCACCCUCGCUGCCGCCGCUCAACUUCUGAUUGCUUCGACCUCUGAGGAGAAACGAAUGCUGAUGCUUGUGUGUCCCGAUACAGGAGUCUGGGAAUACCAGUGCGAUCCCCGGGGUAUAAGAUACGCAACCGCCGAGUUUCUGCACUUGGGGUGGUUGCGGGUGAGCUUCAGACCUCAAGUGAGGCGAGAUCAAAGAUGCACGCAACCUCGGACGGGAAGACAUUGGACGCCUCCCAGCUCAUCCAGUUGUGUGGCCCUCUCUCCCUCUUCCCCUGUCUCUCUCUCUCUCUCUCUGGCAGACGGAACUAGCAUCGCGCCAAGGCAAAGCCGCCGUCUAUCGGAAUAGGCCGUAUAGCUGCCUAGUCCUGGGAUAGUGGUUACCGCAAAGGGGGCCCGUUUGAGUGUGCCAUGUAGGUUCAAACUGGCCGCAUGGUCGUUCAGGCAGAUUUUGGUGGUGCACGGUCACCGCGAUGACACGGGAGGUUGCACAACCGGUCAGCACUCGAGGGUCGCCCAUGUGGUUGCGAUGGCCACGGUGGGCUAGCAGGUGGUGGAAGUACGGGCCGGGCAGAAAGGCAGAUCGUCAGCUUGCCUCAGCGAGGGCUUUCCCAGACAGAAUCUGACAUGAAAGAGAUACUGAGAUGCAUGCAGCAUCUACAACAGUGUCGUCGUCUGAUUGGACAUAAAUGGCAAAAUCUAAUCAAUAGCCAAGAGCACAAAAACGGCACAGUCGCCCUCUCGGGCCUCGAGUGACUUGAGUGAUUGGGUGAAGACGAGACGGCCGGGAAAUUGUUGCUGUGAGACUGUCGGUAAAAAAUAUGGAGAAGAGAUUGUCAGACGUGGUCAAGAGCCUGGUGCUACGCGGAACCUGUCGACCGAGGGGGGCGUUGACGGCGUUGGGGCAUCAGCAUCGCACAGCAUGAUCCUGCCGCCCACAUUGCUGGGUCCAGAUUUCCAAGGUUGCUGGGUCUCUGGUUAGACAUGGCCCCAUCGAGACCUCGAGAAAAGUGCCAUGACACAGGCUGAAGAGCGGGACGCGUGGAGGGCGACACAAGCAGCAACGAGGAACAAAUGACGAAUUGAGCGCAUGGCGUGUGUGCUCGUGUGCGACUUGGUGCUGCUGCUCACGACUCAGUGGUAGUAACAUCUGUACUGUGCUUGGAACCCCCCGUAAUACCGCAUUACCGCGCGGGUGGUUGGCAUCAGUAAUCGUGCUGACAGAAGGGGGGCAGACAGGACUGCAGGCAGGUGAGACAGGAGCAUGAGGUAAUCCUCGGGCUGGGGUGGGUGCGACAGGGACGCGCCAGCUCCUGUCUGUGGAACGGGGGCUUGUGCAUGUUGGCCCUUUUGCGCAGCACUGAAGCCGUUUCUCCCGUCGGGCGAGUGCUCAUGUGCGUGGUGGUGCAGCACGUCUGUGGAACUGGAGCUGCAGUUGUGUGGUUUGUGUAACUCGAGGGCGGUUGAGAAGACAGACGACGGAUCCUGACGCAGUUGACGCAGGGCCAUAUCCGGCUUCCAAGGUUGUCCAGGGGAUCAGCAUCCUUGCUUCCCGUCGUAGGGCUGAGGAUCGCCGGGCUCACCAGUCAUGUCCUCAUGCGGGUUCGAUCCUUUUUUGUUCUUGGAAGCUGCACGCUGCACGCUGCACACACAGCCCAUGCAAUCGAUUCCACGAGCAGAGAUUGUCGAUCGCAAGCAAAGACUCUCUCGGAUGAUCUCGGCCGAUGGGAUAACUGUGAUUGGUGGGGGUACUGUGGUGGUGCAGCCAGGUUUG